AUGUUGUUCGAUAUUAAUCGUUUCCAUUUCUUCGUCCUUCUCACCUGGCAGUUCGCCAUCUUCUUUGCUUCACAACAGAUAUUUCCAAUCUUCUUGAACUAUGUUCCUGAAUGGCAAUGUGGUGAUGGGCCUAUCGGCAAGAACUGUGCCGAAUACGACAGAUGUGGAGGAAAUGUUACUUUCAUAGGAAAAGUAUAUGAUUCAGCUGCUUUAGAAUAUGGUUGGAUAUGUAGUAAUAAUUAUAUUGGAACAACUCUGUUACCUCAGGCUCAGUUCUUGGGAGUUCUACUCGGCACUUUCUCGUUUGGAACUGUUUCGGAUAUAUUUGGCAGGAAGCCAAUAGCUAUUAUUGCUAUGAGUCUCGGACUUACGAUGAAUUUCAUAACAGGAUUGGCUUCUUCAUGGAAGAUCUUCCUUGUCAUUCGGUUCUUCGUCGGUUUAUCUGUCGGAGGGACUUUAGUUGUAGUUUGCACUUUUGUUAUGGAAAUGCUUCUUCCACAACAACGAAUGGCGCUCCGAGCAUUCUUUAAUUGGGGAGUCGCAAGACUCAUCAUGACUUUAAUCUGUCUAGCUUUACCUGAAUGGCGACAAUCUAGUUUCGCAUGUGCUUUAGCUGCCUUACCAGCUCUCUUCAUCCUUAUUUUCAUUUUCCCAGAGAGUCCAACAUGGCUUCACAACAAAGGACGCCUUGAUGAUAUGAGAAAGAGUGAGAUGCACAUCGCGAAAUGGGCAGGUGUUGAGUACCAACCAAUUGAGCACGAAAAAGUCGAACAUAAUAAAACGGUGUGCGAACUGUUGACUUCUUGCAACUUACUACGUCGUCUGGUUGUUCUAUGGCUUAUGUGGUUUGUCGCUUCCAUCUGUGGUUAUGCAACUGAUUUGAACUCGAAUACCAUCAGUGGAGAUUUCUUCCUUAACCAAAUUCUGUUUUCUAUUCUUAUUGCUGCUUCAAAAAUCGCGCUGGUGAUAUUCGAUUCAAAUGUUCCAGCUUUCUCAAGACGUUCUCUCCAUCAAGGAGCCCAAUCCAUCGUUUGUGUAUGUUUCCUUAUCUUGACUGUCUUGACUAUCAAAGAAUACCGCGGAACCGUUAUCUUAAUUGUUUCUUUAAUUGGAACUGUAUUCAUUGAGUAUACAUGGGAUGCCUGCUAUUUGUGCGCCGUUGAGUCUAUGGAGACAGCAUACCGAGCUAGUGCUACUGGCACAUGUUCGUUGAUGGCUCGUGUAGGAGCCUUCAUAGCUCCAUAUUUGAACCAAGCCACAUCGGUCUGGCCACCAGCUCUCUAUCUUACAGUUGUAGUUCUCGGAACCGUCAACUUGGGAAUGUCCUACUUCUUCUUAGUUGAAACGAAAGGAAUUAACUUGGAUAAGGUUAAAAUUCCUGAUGAUGAUGCCGAAGAUCAGUUAAUAGAAGCAACACCAAUGGUUGAACAGCCAGUUCAAGAAAAAUCUAAUGAAUAG